AUGCUUUCGAAAUUAAAUUUGGCCAUUGCAUCUGGCAUGUGGACAGUAUUAGAAACCAUAUUAUUGGGAAUAGUUUUACUUUAUGCAUCGGUUGCCAUCCAUUUUUUCCCUGCCUCUACCGAACGUUGUCUCAUCGAACCGUGGUUACGGGAAUUGGGUUUUAUUACUUGUUAUGGUGCAAUCAUCCUGAAAUUAUAUCGUCAUCUAGUAGAUUUUCGUACACGCAAAGCUCAUCGUUGGGUAUUACGUGACGUUGAUUUGCUCAAAUACUUGGGCACCAUGGUGUUUGCCGUUAUCUGUUAUAUGUCUGCCUUCACGGCAUCAUCCUUAGAUCUCUUGGAGACAGCACAGCUGGAGAGUUUGCGUGAAGUUAAUACGAAUACGUGCCAACCAUUGAAAUGGGAAUUUGUAACACAGGCCAGUGAAAUUUUGAUAUUAUGUUUUGGUCUACAUUUAGCGUAUGGCAGUCGUAAUGCUAAUACACAAUUCAGGGAACGACAAUUCCUGGUUACCACCUUAAUUAUAGAGUUUAUAGUCUCUUUAACAUUUUAUAUAUUACGUUAUUUCUAUUUGCCUGCCAUGAGUCCAAGUGCCAUUUUCCUGGCACUAUUUCUACGUUCUCAACUUACCAAUACCAUUGCUUUGGGACUAAUAUUUGUGCCAAAAUUGUGGUAUCAACACAAACAGGUCCGUUCUCUUGCCCAUGAUCUAUCAAUACGUUUACCUGUGGAUGCUUUCAAGGGUUCUCAUGAUGUUGGCCAACGUUUGGGUGGCGGCUAUGCUGGUCUCUGUCUGGGUGAUCCCGAUAUCGGUGAACUGACUAUAUCCGAAAUGAGUCCGGAAGAUAUACGUGCAGAACUCAAAAGACUGUAUACCCAAUUAGAAAUAUUGAAAAACAAAACAUUACGUCAGGAUAAUCCACAUAUCAGCAAAAGACGUGGCGGACGUAAGGCAGGUCAUAGGCGUUUUUCACUGCAGAAAAAGGGAAGCAAGGACAAGGCUUUAAGUGCAAAACAUCGCAGUAAUAAACAUCAUCAGGAUAUGGAAAUAACCGAAGCAGAACCUUCACGCACACCCGAGGACUCAGUGUGUAGCAAUGAAGGUCCCACAGAUACUUAUGCCGAAAUAUCAGGUAUUUCACACUCAAUGUUAACGCAUUCAGCGGUAUCACAUUCAAUAGUCUCACACUCGAAAUAAUCGUUAUGAAAGUUUCCUCUACCCCUCCCCCAAAAAAGAAAAAAACAAAAUUUUUUAAAAACUAUGUUGUAAAUAUUUAAAAGCCCCAUUAUUCUAUUACAUAAUAAAUGUAUAUUAUUUUAUUAAAUUAAAUAAAAUAAACUAAAUA